UUAACAGUGUGGUGAUAAUUCGGGCUACAUACAGUACAUAGCCUGAUACUCUCGGUGCCGGAGGAGGGGCCGCGAACAUCUCACAUCUGUAUGAAAGAAAAAGGAUGAAAAAAGAAGCGUCGCACGUCCUCGCGCGAUAAAAACGUGGAUAGUCAAUGCGGUGUCGCUCGUGCGCCUCUGCAAACAAAGCGAGACUGACCAAAUGCGGAUUUUACUCUGAACUCCAGUUGUGUAGGUAAACGUUCAUCACAGGCUGUCGCACUGUUUGCUAAAAAACAAGAACACGGCCAAAGGGCCUAUAUUUUUUUCCCCCCCAAAAAGCACCUCUUGCUUACUCGUUUGGCAGAAAGCUGUUAAAAGUGUUGUCUUCUGCGCGGAGGAGAAAGCGUUUUGGGCGGCGAGAUGCACCAUUUGGAGGUCUGAGCUGAUCACUUCACCGCUGCUGAGCUUCAACAUGGGAGAAUGAAGCAGGUUCUGGCAACCAUGAAGACGCUGCCAUGUCGCGUCGAGCUUGGAGCAUCUGCACUUGUGGCAUCAUGUUCAGCGUGAGCUCACCAGCAACGAUGCCUGUUCACCCUGGGGAAGAAUGGUUCACUCCACUACAGUUCCCCUUCCAGUGGCAGGGGACAUUAACGCCAGUCUCUGCUGCCUCGUUACGGGGCUGCUGAACCUUUCCGAGAGGCCGUCGAUGGAGAACAUCUCCAUGGGCUCCCGGUCGCCCUCAGAGCCGGUUACGCCGACAGCUGAGGCCCCAGACAGCCCGCAAGGCGUCAGCCUACCUCUGCAGAUCUUCUUCUGCUUCGUCAUGGUCGCCAUCCUUCUUCUCGCUCUUCUGGGAAAUGUAGUGGUGUGCCUGAUGGUCUACCAGAGAUCAGCCAUGCGCUCAGCCAUCAACAUCCUGUUGGCGAGCCUUGCUUUUGCAGAUAUGAUGCUGGCCAUCCUGAACAUGCCCUUCGCUCUGGUUACUGUCGUGACCACCCACUGGAUUUUCGGAGACGUUUUCUGUCGUGUUUCGGCCAUGCUCUUUUGGUUCUUUGUGAUGGAGGGUGUGGCUAUACUGCUUAUAAUAAGCAUAGACCGCUUUCUUAUCAUCGUCCAGAAGCAAGAUAAGCUGAGCCCACAAAGAGCUAAAGUGCUCAUUGUGGUCACGUGGGGACUCUCUUUCAUUUUUUCUUUUCCCUUGGCUGUUGGUUCCCCUCCCCUCCAGAUCCCUCCUAGGGCCCCUCAGUGCGUAUUUGGCUACAGCGUUGAGCCUGGAUACCACACCUAUGUAUUGAUACUAUUGCUAGUCUUCUUCUUCCUACCUUUCAUGGUCAUGCUGUACACAUUUAUGGGGAUCCUGAACACCAUUCGUCACAAUGCCAUCCGCAUCCAUAGCCACCCAGACAGCAUCUGUCUGAGCCAGGCCAGCAAACUGGGCCUGCUGAGCCUUCAGAGGCCCUUUCAAAUGAACAUAGACAUGAGCUUCAAGACCCGUGCCUUCACCACCAUCCUCAUCCUCUUCUCUGUGUUUACAGUGUGCUGGGCACCCUUCACUGCCUACAGUCUGGUAGCUACCUUCAGCGACGGCUUCUACCACAAAGACAGCUUUUUUCAAAUCAGCACGUGGGUCCUGUGGUUGUGCUACCUCAAGUCAGCCCUCAACCCUCUCAUUUACUACUGGCGGAUCAAGAAGUUCCGCGACGCCUGCCUUGAUCUGAUGCCCAAGUACUUCAAGUUUCUUCCUCAGCUGCCAGGCAACACUAAGAGGCGCAUACAGCCAAGUGCGGUGUAUGUGUGUGGAGAGCAUCGCUCUGUGGUCUGAAGUAAAAGUCUCAGACACUUCAACACUGUUAGAAACACAUCUUCACAUAAUGUACCUUGCAGUUCUGGGUCUGCUUGGUUGUCUGAUGGUGCACUUCUCUUGGCAGAACGAAAACAGCACUGCAUUAAAAAAAGAAAAGGGGCUGCAGUGGCGGGGGUGUGUUGCUACAGUUACCAGUGAAAAAAUGAAAUGUAAACCAGGAAGUCCACUUUGUGUUAAACAUCUAUGAGUUUAAAGGCUCAGCAGUACAAAACACCUGUGCAUCACAGUAAAUUAUAUCAUGAGAUAGGAUUUUAUAACUUAUUUAACAACUGGAAUAGGGCUCUGUAUUGCUUAUAGUUUACUGGAGUUUCUAACUUUUAUAAAAUUCCUUAAAAAAUAUCCAUUUGAUGCCUUUCUUUACACCAUAAGGAGAAAAAUUCAAAUUUAGGGCAUCCAAAUAAAUCUUUCAAUAAUAAGUUAAGUAUACUUAGGGUAUGACAACAACAACUUUUCUUGGGUUCUUGGGACUGCUACAAAUACGCAGAAUCAAUAUUGCUAAAUUAAUAUUUUUGACGACACUAUUGUUUAAAAUGAACAGAUACAUUACAUGAGUUUCAGUGCUAAACAAGUAUGUUCUCGACACCUUACUUUAGGAAUAUAAACAUGAUU